AUGGCGCCCAGCUUCGGCCGCUCCAUCUCCUUCCCGCUCAGCCCGGCGCGCGCCUCCCGACCACGCGCCGCCGCCUACCACGUCCGCUCCGUCUCCCUCCCCUGCCGCUCCCACCCGCUCCUCGCCCACCUCUGCACCCACAUCGCCGCCGUCCGCUCAUGGGUUGCCGCCCCCGCCUCCCCGUCCACUGGCCUCGCCCACCUUGAUGCACUCCACGCUGCGCUCUCCGAGCUACUGCUCCUCCCGGAAGCACGCUCCGCGCUCCAGUACGGGUCGGCCACCGCCGCCUGCCUCCUCGACGGCUUCCUGGUCCUCGCCGACGCGCACCAAGGCUUCCAGGAGACGGUCGUCGAGCUCAGGGCCCACGCAGCCGAUGCCCAGGCCGCGCUCCGGCGCCGCGACGACGCAAGGCUGGCCUCGGCCGUGCGCUCCCUCCGCCGCGCCGAGAAGGAUCUCACGCGCCUCGCCGCCUCCGUACGAUCCGCAGCCAAGUUCCCAACUCCUUCCGCAUCCAGCAGCGCGGCGGAGGUCGAGGUGUCCGGAGCACUCGCCGAGGCGGUGGCCGCCGCGGCGUGCGCGUCAGCCGCAGUGUUCUCUGCGGUCGAGUCCGUGUCCUCCGCGGCCACGACCGCGCUGGCAUCCAAGAAGACCAUGACAUCAUCGCUCAUGUCCCUCGUCAAGAGCACCAAGCCCGCCUCCGACGACGAGAAGGAGGUGGCAUCAUUGGAGAGGCUUGAUGAAGUAGACGCGUGCGUUGCCGAGAUCGAUAGCGCGAGCGACAAGGUGUUCAGAAGCAUCCUGCACACCAGGGUCGCGCUCCUCAACAUCCAGACUCAGACCUGCUGUUAACUGAUGACUGCCCUAGCUAGGUAUUAGACCGGUGUAGCCUUUUGGACAAGAACUGUGGUGUCCAAACCCCAAGUGUACAUACUCGAUUGAUCAAAGGAUUAAAGCACAGCUCCAUAACA